AUGGCUAUCAAGGUCGGAAUCAACGGCUUCGGUCGCAUUGGCCGCAUUGUCUUGCGAAAUGCUAUUGAGCACGAUGACGUGGAGAUCGUUGCCGUGAACGAUCCUUUCAUUGAGACUCACUAUGCUGCCUACAUGCUCAAAUAUGAUUCCACACACGGCCAGUUCAAGGGCGACAUCGUCGUCGGCGACAACGGCCUGACCGUCAACGGCAAGACCGUCCACUUCUACCAAGAGAGAGACCCCGCCAACAUCCCCUGGGGCAAGCACGGCGUCAAUUACGUUGUCGAGUCCACCGGUGUCUUCACCACCACCGAGAAGGCUAGCGCCCACUUGAAGGGUGGCGCCAAGAAGGUCAUCAUCUCCGCCCCCUCCGCCGACGCCCCCAUGUUCGUCAUGGGAGUCAACGAGCAUACGUACACCAAGGACAUCAACGUCCUCUCCAACGCCUCCUGCACCACCAACUGCCUCGCCCCGCUCGCAAAGGUCAUCAACGACAACUUCGGCCUGACCGAGGGCCUCAUGACCACCAUCCACGCAUACACUGCCACCCAGAAGACCGUCGACGGCCCUUCCUCCAAGGACUGGCGUGGUGGCCGCACUGCUGCUCAGAACAUCAUCCCCAGCAGCACCGGUGCCGCCAAGGCCGUCGGCAAGGUCAUUCCUUCCCUCAACGGCAAGCUCACCGGCAUGGCCAUGCGUGUGCCCACCGCCAACGUCUCCGUCGUCGACCUGACCUGCAAGACUGAGAAGCCCGUCACCUACGAGGAGAUCAAGCGGGCCGUCAAGGCUGCCUCUGAGGGCGAACUCAAGGGCAUCCUCGGCUACUCCGAAGACGCUCUCGUGUCCACCGACUUGAACGGAGACCCCCGCUCCUCCAUCUUCGACGCCUCCGCCGGCAUUGCCCUCAACAGCAACUUUGUCAAGCUCAUCUCCUGGUAUGACAACGAGUGGGGCUACUCCCGCCGUGUCCUCGACCUCAUCUGGCGCGAAUUUGCUCUGUGUAGGGUGUGA